AUGAGAUUCGGAUCGAUAGCUGCAAUUGCCGUGGUUUUCACUUCGACAAUUGUCAAAUCUGCUCCAACAGGAGGUUCAAUCGUUCUAUCACAAGACCAACAAAUACCAGCUGAAUUUCAAGCACUUCUAGUACUGCUAGGUGGUAAUAAUAACAACAAUAAUAAUAAUGACGAACUUAAGUCUAAAGCAGUUUCUGAAUUAAUUGGUCAAUUGCAAAAUUCGGAUUUAUUGAAUCAUUUUUUGAGUUCUGUUUCUCCUGACUUUCAGAAUGACAUAACGAAUGUAAUAACUGAGAAGAUCAAGUCAGAAGAUAUAGAUUCAAAUACUAUAUCAUCAGCUUUGGAUUCUUCAGAGUUUUUAUCAGACUAUUUCCAAUAUACUUUACAAGAUGAUGACUUAAGACAGGAUACAGUUGAAUAUGCCAGAUACUUAUACCAAAAUGAUAAAUUAAAACCUCUUGAAGGCGAAGGUAUGAGUGAAGCAGAUACCAAAUAUUCAAUUACUAAAAGAGAUAUUAGUAUUGUUGAUAAAAUAAUCAAUUCUUUAAACGAUUCUCAAUCAUUGUCAGAUGUAAUGGAUUAUGUCUUAAAUGAUGAUUUUUUAAAGGAAAAUGGUGAAAAGGUGGUUACAGCUCUAUUAGAGAAAAUACCCAAAGAGAAGAUCUUUGAUGCUAUAAAAGAAUCGUCGGUAGCUAAGAAUAUUAUGAGUAAAGUUCAUCAAUCUCCCACAUUACAGGGAAUAUUCUCAAAAGUAAUCAUGGGUCAACUUUUUUCAAAUAAGAAGUCCAAAAGAGAUGAUGUUUUAGAUAGCCUCGAUUCAUUUUUAGAUCCACUGUCAAGUGCAGCUCCUAAGGCCCAAGUUCUGAUAGAGGCAGCAGUUGAUAUUUCGUUGGAUGCUUCACUUCCAACCAUCGAAGCAGCACCUCUUACUGAUGCUACCGAUGAAACUACUCCUGGAACUACUUUAGUGGAUCCUGUAGCUACAAUUUUAGAUAUCCUUUCUGGAGGUGCAACAGAUACUACAACUGAUGCAACAACUCCUACGGCUACUGAAUCAGAUUCUGACCCAGUUGGAAAUAUCCUCAGUGAUUUAUUAGGAGGUGAUACUACCACAUCACUGAUAUCCACUACUCCCACAACAACUCCAGCUACAACAACGUCGACUGAUGGUUCUUUCUUAGGUGGUCUCUUGGAUGGUUUACUUGGAGGAGGUAACAGUAAAUCUCCAGCUGAGACAACAACAAAGUCUUCUUCCAUUGCUCCCACUACUUCAACUUCAAGUUAUGGUGAUUACUUGGACGAUCUUCUCCAUGACCUUUUCCCUUCAAGUAACAGUAGUCAAACAACUUCUGCAGGAAGUUCUACUUCCACUAAGGCUCCUUCUGCUGGUGGGUUGUUAGACGAGCUUCUUUCAGCCGGAGAAAGUGCUUUCAAAGACUUGUUUAAUUCUUCUUCAACUUCUCCAAAAUCUACAUCUUCGACAAGUUCAACAUCUGGUGAUAGCUUAUUGGAGGAUGUGAUAUCAGUUGGUGGAGCAGCAUUUACAGCUCUUUUAGACCAUUUCACGAAGUCAAAUUCUACUGGUGGUUCUGGUGGCAGCUUAUUAGAUGAUGUACUUCAAGAAGGGGAAAGCUUAGCUAAGGGUCUUUUCAGUCAUUUGGGAAGUACAAACUCUUCUUCAGGUUCAGGGGGAAGUCUUCUUGACGAUGUUUUUAGUAUUGGUAAAGAAAUUUUCUCCGACCUUUUUAGCACCAAUUCGACCAGUACUUCUACCUAUUCAUCUGGUGGUGGUAGCUUACUCGAUUCAUUACUUGCCAUUGGAAAAGAUAUAUUUUCAUCAUUAUUUAAAGGUUCCAGUUCCAGUAGUAGUUCCAGUUCUGGGGGUUCUGGUGGUAGUUUAUUGGAUGAUAUUCUCAGUUUUGGAGAGAAAUUGUUCUCUGAAAUAUUUGGCCAUUUACUGACUACAAAUUCCACCUUAUCGCCAGGCAGUGGUGGAAGUUUACUUGAUGAUAUUAUUUCCAUUGGUGAAAGCUUAUUUGAGGAAUUCCUCAACUAUCUCAAAGGAAAUGGUAGUUCUAUUAUUGGCUACUUUUUAAACAUUGGAAAGCAAUUGUUUAGUUCAAUAUGGAACUCACUUAGUUCAGGUUCAAAUGGUGGAUUAUGGGGCGACAUUUUAAGUAUUGGUGAAGGAUUAUUUUCAAAGAUUUUUGGAUAUGUUACAAGUUACUUAAGCCAACAUGGUAGUUCAUUGUUUAAAGAGAUUUUGGCAAUUGGAGGUGGUCUAUUUGCUGAUUUAAUAGAUCACUUAAAAUCAGGAGGGUCUGGUUUAUUAAGCGAAAUAUUUGGAGUAGUGAAGAGCUUAUUGAGUGCACUCUUUGGUGGUAGUAGCAGUAGUAGCACUGGUUCCUCAGGAAGUCUUCUUGACGAUAUUGCAAAAUGGCUUAUUGGAGCUUUAGGAGGUGGUCUAUCAGGCAAGACUUCUAGUUCUAGUUCUAGUUCUGGAAGUGGGCUCUUUGGAACUGGUUCCGGUUCCGGAUAUUCUUCAGGUUCAUCAAACAACUGUUGCUGUGCGCAGAGGAAGGUCAAGAGAGAUCUUAAAACCAAAUUAAGAAGAAGUAUCAGAGCCAAUAUGAGGGCCAUUCACCAAAAGAGAGCUGAAGAGUUCACAAAAGCAAAAUACAUUCAAUUCAUUGAUUCUUUGUAA